AUGUCAACCGAACCAACAUCUAUUGGGGGUAGUGUUACACCUCCUACUUCGAUAGAUUCUGAAAAUUCAGGAGUUGGAGCUUCAAUCCAAACAAAGGGGACUACCGGGAAAAAAAAGGCCCCUCCUCAAAGGUCAGAAGUUUGGUCUCACUUCACUAAAUUUAUUAAUAGUGAGGGUGCAAGUAAGGCUAAAUGUAAUUAUUGUGAAAAGGAAUUUUGUUGUGAUAUGAAAAAACUUGGUACGAGGUCAUUGAAAUAUCAUAUUGGUUCAUGUAAGAAAAAUCCUAGUAAUGUUGUUGACACUAGUCAAGGACAACUAGUUUUACCUAGAAAGGGAGUUGAAGGGGGGGAAGGGAAUCUUUCAACUUGGAGAUUUGAUCAAGAAGCAUGUAGGAAAGGAUUAGCACAAAUGAUUCUGAUUGAUGAAUUACCUUUCAAGUUUGUUGAAAGUGAAGGUUUUAAGAAAUUUAUGUUUGUGGCAUGUCCUAGGUUUCAUAUUCCUUCACGAACUACUAUGACUAGGGAUGUUUAUCAAUUGUAUCUAGACGAAAGGGUCAAGAUAAAACAACUUUUGAGAAGUUCUUGUUCUAGAGUUUGCUUAACUACUGGCACAUGGACAUCUUUGCAAAGAGUUAAUUAUUUGUGUAUCACUGCUCACUUUAUUGAUAACGAUUGGAAAUUGAAUAAAAAGAUUUUAAACUUUUGUCCAAUUUCUAGUCAUAAGGGUGAGUCUAUUGGAAUGGUGAUUGAGAAAUGCUUGUUGAAUUGGGGGAUUGAUAAGUUGUUUACUGUUACUGUUGAUAAUGCAAGUUCAAAUGAUGUUGCUAUUGGUUAUUUGAGAAAGAAAUUUAACCCUCGAGGGGGUUUAGUUCAAAAUGGUAAAUAUCUUCAUAUGAGAUGCAUGGCACACAUUAUGAAUUUGAUUGUUGUUGAAGGCUUAAAGGAAAUGAAUAAAUCUGUUGAACGUGUUAGGGGGGCUGUUAGAUAUGUGAGACAAUCUCCAGCUAGAUUACAAAAGUUUAAGGAGUGUGUUGUGGUGGAAAAGAUAGAGUGCAAGAAGAUGUUGUGUCUUGAUGUUUGUACUAGGUGGAACUCGACCUACUUAAUGUUAGACACUGCUCAGAACUUUGAGAGAGCUUUUGAGAGAUUUGAGGAGCAAGAUACAAAUUUUAGAAUUUGA